GCACGAUAUCCAAACCGCGCGCAGAUUGCUGUGGCCGUCGUGCCACCUGCAGAGCCUCUCUCGUCCACCGCCCGCCGCCGCCACCGUGUCGCCCUCGCAGCCUCACAGCCUCGCCGCUGCGCCAGCAACACAGCCCGAGCCCGGCGCCGUCGUCCCACACCCACCUAGUAGCCCGUGCGGUGAGGCGACAACCAGUGCGCGUCGCAACUCCGUCAGCUUAUGGCCGCGCUACCGCGACCCAUGGAGCUCUGCUUGGCCAGGACGACGACGGCCGCGUGCCGGAGGGCGCCGACAGGCAUUCCGAAGAAGCGGCGCGCCGGCGGGAGCACCGUGCGGUGCGUGGCGACGGCGCCCAUGGGGGAGAAGACAGAGUACCGUGACGGCCCGCUAGAGCGCGCGUUCAUGGGUCUGUUCGCGCGGAAGAUGGAGAAGUACGCGACCAAGAAGAAGCAGCCGCCGUCGCCGGAGCCGGAGGAGAAGAAGAAGGCGGUGUGGGAUUGGGACUACGAGAGCUUCGUGGACGUGUCGCGGCGCGUGAUGGUGGGCCGCACCCACGCGCAGCAGCAGGAGGCGGUGCGGGAGGUGCUCCUCUCCAUGCUCCCGCCCGGCGCGCCCGAGCAGUUCCGGAAGCUGUUCCCGCCCACGCGCUGGGCCUGCGAGUUCAACGCCGCGCUCACCGUCCCUUUCUUCCGCUGGCUCGUCGGCCCCUCCGAGGUCAUCGAGGUGGAGGUCGACGGCGUGAAGCAGCGCAGCGGGGUGCUCAUCAAGAAAUGCAGGUACCUCGAGAACAGCGGCUGCGUUGGGAUGUGCGUCAACAUGUGCAAGAUCCCCACGCAGGACUUCUUCACCAACGAGUUUGGACUCCCACUCACCAUGAAUCCAAAUUUUGAAGACAUGAGCUGUGAGAUGAUAUACGGUCAGGUGCCACCACCCUUGGAAGAGGAUCCAGUGUCAAAGCAACCAUGCUACCCUAACCUCUGUUCCAUGUCGACGCCGUCUGCGCCGGUCUGUCCCAAGCUUCAGGCGUAGGUAUACAUGAGAUUGAGUUCAUGUCCAGUGCGCAUUCAGUUUCGUCAGAGAAUCCACACAGUUGAAACACUCUAUAGUGGUAGUAUAGGCCAUACGUUGCUAGUAGGAGACCGUUGCCUUGAGAUGGAUGGUUUGCACACGGAAAUUGGUUUGGUGAGGGAAGUAUCAUUAGUUCCUAUACAGAAUAUACAUAGCGUUACUUGUAAGUAUAAAAGUUAUAUAAGUUUGUUCUGAACCAGGACAGAGCACUCUGUCUGUAAAGAAUAGAGACCCAUGGAUCCAACAGGAUUAGUAUUUCAUACACUAUUUUCUA